AUUGAAUGCCUUGUGGAGGAUGCGGAAUCUGAAACUGAGGCUUUCGGUACCUCUUUGGUAUUACUUCAACGCGAAUUGACAUUGGCGCGUGCAACACUUGAGUGUCUUGCUCUCGGACUUGACUUUAUCUGCCCAGGUCUUGCUUGGCGCAUCCUUAAUGAAGCCCAAGUGAACCUCCUACCGGAAGGUCUUAUCACUCCUAAAAUGUUGGAGAUAGACGCUGAUGCAUCAGUGAAAGUCGAAGCUUUAGCCGAAUCUGUUGAGGAUACCGCUGAUGAUAGGGCACACAAUGCUAAUGACGCAGAUAUCUUCGAUUCUUCUAUUUCUAAUCUAUUUUAUACUUCUCUUAAUAGCCAGCUUCCUUCAGAUAUCCAUCAGAUUCGAGAAGAUUCAUCCUCAUCUAGUCGUUUUCAGGACCACAUACCAUUAACUUCUAAUCCUGAACUUACCUUCUGCUUGAAUGACUCUGCUUCUGAUAGGCAGGCCGACGCAUCACUUAUUAAACCAAAUUCUCCUGCAAUUGACUCAGCUUCAUAUUCACCCUCUCGGCACUUGACGCCACUUGCCUGCAUAGACUCGACCCAACUCGAGGUCUCUAUUGCCAACUCUUCAUCCAAGGAUGUAGUGGUUCAAUCCAACCAUGAUAAUUCUACAGCCUCACCACUACCAGCCAAAAGGCCCAAAAACACUAUGGUCAACAAUAACUGCAUUCAGGCGAAUUACGCAACUGAUAAACUUGAAUCAAUUUUAACUGAAGAUGGGGAUUCUGAAGAGAUCAAGGCGGAGGAUGUGCCUUCUAUUGGGAGGCAACGGUUAACCUCCUUAGCUGAGGCAUCGGCUGACUGUUCUGAAUUAUCCAACGACAACGAUCAAAUCGCCAAUCACGAAUCGGGUGAUCGAAGUAGGGAAUCUUUUCUUGAAGAUCCAAAUGAGCCUGUGUUAAUAGCCUAG